GUGAGAAUUUGAGAAUUGCAGAAUAGAAUAAAAUUCCUUCCAAAUCUUCACAAUCCGCCAACAUUACCAAGGAUUCUGAUUUUGUGGAAUUUAUUACGAAUUUAAUGGUAUUUUAAGCAAGAAAAGAAAAAGUCAAGUGUCCAGCUUUGCGUAUGCAUUCGGCCUUCCUCGAUAUACACAAAAUCUGUGGGAGUCUCCGGGUCGGGUGUUGCGAAUAUCAUUGCCCUGUGUGUAAUUUGUUUGCGAUUGGUUCAAAGGAAAGAUAAAAAGUGUUGAAUUAUUUAUAAACUAACACUUAUAUUGGACAGAGGUAGCAAGUGGCUGUAGUGUAGUCAAUUACCUGCUGUUGAGGGGGUUGGUUGCAAAUUAAACGCUGGUUUGUGUGUUGAUUAGGUCAUCCCAAACAAAUUACUAAGCAAACCUCUAUUGUUGCCGUCGCUGUUAGACGUAUGCCAGGUUUUCAUUUCAAUGAAAUGGGCGAUAUGGUGCUGGAUGCUAUUGAUGAUAUCGGAGUAGUGGAUGUUUACGAUCUGGCCUCGGACAUUGGCAAGGAAUAUGAGAAGAUCAUAGAUCGUUUUGGCACCGAAGCGGCUACAGGUCUUAUGCCCAAAAUCAUCAACACUUUGGAGUUGCUUGAGGCGUUGGCUGCUAAAAAUGAGCAUGAAAAUGCCACCAUUCAGGAGCUAAAAGAAAAGAUAGCCCAAUUGGAAAGUGAAAAAUCGGAAAAGGCUGAGUUUCGGCGACGUUUCGAAAAGGAAUUGGAAAUGAUUGAAGAACUAUGGCGCACAGAAACAAAUGAUUUGGCGGAUUUGGUUACCUCACUGCAAGAGGAGAACAAAAGAUUGAUUAAGCAAACACAAGAUCUACAAUCCUCUUCUGCUCAUUCAUCCGGUUUGGGAGCGAGUCUGACGGAAAGCAUUAUCAGUAUUACCAAUAACGAGUUACAUUCGGCCUUGAGCGAUACUCAGGUUCUGCAACGUUUGAAGGAGCAAAUCUAUCGACAAAGGGAUGAGCUGAAGGAAAAGGAAAGGGAGUUGCAGAGUAAAUACACUGAAAUUGAACAUAUGACCAUCCAGCUGGAACGCUUUAAAGCAUCUGGACGUGACACUCGUCGCCGUUGCACAAUGCUACAAACUCAAGUGAAAACUUUGUGUGAGGAGCGAGCCGACUUUUUGGCACAGCUACAAGAUCAGCAACGUGAUAUAAAUAGUUUGAGAAAACGUUUGGGUCUCGCCGAAAAGGAAAACGAAGAUUUGGUAAUGUCACAAGAUGAUGACCCAAAUGAUCCAAAUCGUCCACGUUACACUACAAGGGAAUUGAAGGAGUUACUCAGCGAACGUGAUGAACUACUGACCACAAUCGAAAACUUAAACGAAGAGUUGAGGGCCCUCAAGCCAACUGAGAUAACGGCAAAUGAUGAUUCCAGUUCGGAGGAUGAGGACGAUGAUGGUAUUGGUGCUGAAGGGGAUGACGAUAGCCAGAAAGGCGAUCAAACGGAAACGCCUCCCGAAAAUGAUGCACCAGUUCAAGGUCCACUACCCUACGAACCCGAUGAUGCCCCCUGGAAAAAGACAAACGAAUCUGGUAUUCGUAAAUUUUUCCGUAAAUUAUUUUCCGAUACCAGUGAUGGUAGCUCUGGCAGUAAUCAGCCAACAUUCCAGAAACGUUCCUUAGCCACAUUAUCGAAAAUGGCAUUGUCGGCAUCACCUGCAGCCACCAAUCCCAAUGUUAACACUUUACAAUACUACAGGUAUUAUUAAAGAUACAACAAAAAAAAAACAGCUAUUAACGAACAAUAACAAGUAACAACACACAAAAACAACAAUUACAUCAUCUCAUAUAUACAUUCCUAUAAAAACUUUUUUCAUAUCACCAUCAUCAUUAACAUCAAAGGAGAGAAAUACAUAAUUUAUAUAAAAAAAAAACAUACAUCAUCAUGUACACAUACAUACACAGCACACUCAUUUAUAGAUACGAAACAACAUAUCAAACAGGAUAUUUUUUAUAAAAAUUAAAAAAAAAAAACAAAUUUCAAUUAAUUUAUUUCCACAGAAAAAGUAAAAAUAGUUUUUUUUACAAUUCCACUUAAAAACUUGCACACACACACAAUAUGAUCUUUUUGAUAAAAACAAACGAAUUUUUUCCAACGCAAUUUAAGUCAUAGACUGUGCCAAAGAUUUAUUUUGUUUCUUUUCUCUGAUGAGUACAUGCUUUUAAAAUAAGUUUUUUUUUUGUAUUUUCAAUAAACAUAAGAGAAAAAUGAAGAAACAUUUCCAAAAAAGAGAGUAAAGAAACUAGGCGAAAACAUCACAAAAUCAUAUAUACUAUACAUAUGUAUGUAAUUUUUGUUUUUUUUUUGUUUGGUUUAAUAUAAAAAUUCCUCAUAAAUUUUUAUUUACUUUAUAUAUUGUUUAGUUUUAACUAUUCUUGUUGUAAAAAUACAUCUCAUCUACGUUUUGUCUAUAUAAAUGUGUUUUUUGUAUAUUAUUUAUUUAUUUUAAUAUUCUUGUUAUUAUUUAUUUAUUCGAAUACAUGAGUUUUGUUUUUUUUUUAAAUCAUACCUUUUAAAGCAAAUGUUUAAAUUUAUAAUCAAAUCGUUGUAAAGAAACGGGAAUGUUGGCGCAUCUAUUGCCUUUAUCCCAUUUAUACUUAAGUUUUAAAAAAUUUUAAUGUUACCCCGUUUGCAUCACAUCUCAAUUGCGGUUUUGUGAACUGUUGUUCUUUCAAUGUUUUGAUUACAAAUUUAAUAGUUUUGCAUUUAAUUUUUUAUCAUCUUUAUGUUGUCUUUUUCUUCUCAACAAAACACUACAACUUCCCUAUCAAAUAUAUAAAAAAUAUGGAUUGAAAAUAUAAAAUACUAUUAAUGAAUAUGAAAGAAAUAUAUUUAUAUGAAUUCGUAAAAAUAAAAAAUUAAAAAAAAAGUUAUACAAAUAUGAAAUUAUACACAAAUCGAAAAUAAUAUUGAAAUUUAACCUAUUGGAUUGUAUUGCAAAAUAAAGCAGAUCUAUUACAAAGAAAAAUGAAUAAAAUACAUAUUU